ACAUCUACCGUCAUUUCACGCCUCCACGUCACAGGUUGAGGACGUGUGCUCACUCCGGGCAUGCCGCCGUCAAUUUUCAGCGGCAGAGGUGCUUGUGGACCAUUUCGCUUACCUCGUGGAUCCGACCAGGCCAGAGGCUUUCAUAGCCCUGGGACACCUCUUGAAGGCCAAAGACAAGAACCGAUUUCUCCAAGAGAUGAGCUACGGACUUCGCGCUCGUGUGCGCUGUCUCCGGUCCUUGUUUCUUCGUGGGCGCUUGCAGUCUUGGUGGGAGAUCAAACCUGUCCCCAUCAUGGAUAUCUUGGCAAGCUUACGAGCCUACAGCUAUCAAAAUCCAGCAGUGCGCCAUGUACUUUGCAAAUUGGCGGCCCACUUGUUCCAUGCCGCUGAUGAAAGAUUGCAAGACUAUUUGGUCCAUGACCUCCUUCACAUUCUUCACUCAGGUGACCCAAAUGACCUGGAAAACUACACUGAUCAAUGCCGGGUUUGCGAUUCCUUCCGGUUUUGGCCUCGCCGUUCAGGGCGUGUUUAUCAAGAUUGCGUGGUGGCCUUGACAGAGAUUGUCACGAAGCCACAUGGCAAACGGCAAACGUCUGCACUUCGCAGCAGCAGGGGCCUUGACUACAAUCACAGACCUCGUGGUACAUGUAAACCUGUGAGGGAGGUGGAAAUCAUGCGCUUCGCGCCAAGAUUGUGAUCUGCAAUGACUUCUUUGGGAGCCAGUGGUCAAGGACCUCAUUUUUGGUGGUCUGCAUGGUUGGUGAACUUCAGUCAAGCGGCAAGAUACGUGUGGGCAGUCGUUUGCUUCUGCUGGAUGACGUGGAUGGGCCCCAGCGAAUACGAAACUCAACUUGGCCAAGAUUGGCUGCAGUCGGGAAAUAUCAUUGGACAAUCGUGUGCUUUCAAAUGCCCAAGGAGAGCUUGCCCGCAUUGAACAUGUUGAACAUCAGAUUGUAUGAUUGUAUGAAAGAGUUCCGGUCAAUGAUCGUUGUCGUGCCAGAGUGAAUCAUGCAAAACCUCGUGCGUGUUUCCAGCCUCUUUUUGCCAGAUAGGCGCAGCAGCAUCAAACUUGGGCUUGGAUCGCAAAUGAAUACUGAAAAA